AUGAAUGCUAUUAGUUCUGCGGAGAAUAAUCUUUUAUGGAAUGGAGAGAAUAUAUAUGACGGUAUUUGAAUCAAAGCAUAAUUAAAGAGUUUUCAAGGCCAUUUGGUUUGCACUUGCAAUUCUGCCAGCUUGAGGAUCUAUAAAAAAAUACAUACGAUGACAUAAAUGCAUUAUCAAGUCCAACGAUCAAUAGGAAGGAAGUGGAGCAUAAAAGUGUGCAGCGAUCAUCUUAGGGGUCUGUAUUUAGAUUUUUGAAAAUAUUGCAAAAAAAAACACAAUAAUUGAAGGAGAACAGAAAUAAGCUUUCCUUCUUUCAAAAGAUUUAUUAGGAGAAAAUUCUGCAUUCGGAAUAUAGCAAACAACAAUAAACUUAAAGCAAAUAUGUUUUUGAUCCAACAAAUCUUUUAGCUUUAGUUUUUUAAUUUCUUAAAUGUUUAGUUAUAUUUUUAUUACUUGUGAUUAUAACCUAUUUUUGGAGCUUUGAUGAUAUGAGACAUUUGGUUGAUAACAAUAACUAUUUCUAUAUCGUGAUAGUAUUGUUAAUAGACAUAUCAUUGCAAUUCAAUUUGGCAAUAAUAAUUCGAGGACAAGUAAUAAUUAAUAAGAAAAUUAGAUAAUUUAUGAUCGAAUAAUCAUAUUUAAAAAGUACAUUUCAAGACAAUUUUUUGAAGACAGUAUUUUUUUGGUUUCCUUGGUAUUAAUCAUUCACACAUCCUAGUUAAUUUUUGUAAUAAUAUUUUACAUUAAUGGUAUUGGAAUGCUGGUUAAAAUCAUAAGAAAACUUGAGGAUACAUUUGAUCUGAGUGUUAAAACAACAGAACUCUUGAAAUUGUGGAAAUUGCUCUUUUUCAUAAACCUGUUGGCUCAUUUUAUCGCAUGCAUUUGGCAUUAUAUUGGACUGAAUACAAUUGAUGCCAAUAAUAAUUGGUUGGAUUCUAAACAGAUCAGAGACGAAUCUAAUUUUAUAAAAUACAUAUACUCCUUUUAUUGGUCAGUUGUUACAAUGGUGACAGUUGGAUAUGGUGACAUCACUCCGCAAAAUUAUAUAGAAAUGAUUUUAUGUGUAAUAAUAAUGUUUCUAUCCUGUGGAGUGUAUGCUUAUUCAUUGAAUACGAUAGGACAAAUAAUCUCGAUCUUGAAUCAUGAAUCAGACAGAUUAGAGAGGAGUUUUAAAACCCUAAAUAAGUAUUUUCGAUAGCACAACAUUAAGGAUGAAUUGCAAAGUAGAAUCAAAAACUAUUUGGAGUACAAAUUAAAAGAAGAAGAAAAAUCCAAUUAAAGUGUAUAAUCCCCAUAAUAAUCAUAGGUUUACAAGAUCCUAGAUUAACUGUCCAAUCAUCUUCGAUUUAAAAUCAUAUCUGAAAUCUAUUAGAGCAUGCUUUAAAAAUGUCCUCUAUUGCAAACAAACUUCUCAAAAUCCACUCUAUAGAAUUCAACUAAUUUACUUGAAACCUUGAAUUAUGAACCGGAUGACAUAAUCAUUAAUUAGUAUACUGAGAACGAGAAUGCUCUCUAUUUUAUAGAUUAAGGUACUGUAGAAAUAUGUGAACAAAGAACUAAGACUUAGUUAAUGGAAUUCACAUCAGGAGAGUCUUUUGGAGAAUACGAAUUCUUCACUAAUUCUUAGGCUGCAUUCACGUAUAAGUGCAAGAGUCAUACGAGAGUGUUCAAGCUAUCACGAUCCAAAUUAUUAGAAAUUCUCAAUAAGGAAGACUUUGAAAUCUUUCAUUAGAUUAAACAUUCUUUUGAAUUCAAUAUUCCUGUGAAACACGCCUAGUGUAUCAUAUGCCAUCAGAAUGAUCAUUUCGUUCAUAGAUGUAAGUUGUUGUAUUAUAUUCCUGACAUUUCUAAAAUGGUCAUCAGAUAACAAAAUUUCAAGCAGAGGAGGGAAUUUAAGCAAAGAAGAAUGCAAAGAGAAAAUACCUUUUCUCUUUUAGCUGUAUCUACUUCGUUUAUAUUUUUAGUAAAUCUAAGAAAAACAAUUUGAAUAUUAUCAACAAUAUAUUUAGGAAUAUUCCUAGAAGGAACUUCUAGAUGAUGAAAAUGUAAUAAUUGGGGCUGAUUCUCAAAUUACUUCAUUGAUGUACAAUACGCUGAAAGCUUCUGAGAUUUAAAUUCAAUAAAAUCAAAUGGAUUAUGGAAAGGAUAUGCUCAAUAAAAAUAGUCCAAGGAAGUUGAAUUCUCUAAAUGUCAAGACAAAAUAAUCUUUACCUGAAACAGGCCUGCAAAUAGAGACACAAAACAAACUGAAGAAAUCUACUCUCAAAAUACAAGACACGGUCUAAAAUUAAACAAUGGUUUUUGAUAGGAUGAAGGACUUUAAUUAGUAUUUUAGUGAGAACAAUUAUGAAUUACAAAUUCGUAAAUACAAUUAGAACUUUAUUGAACGAGGCUUUCUAUCUUCAAUUAAGAAAAGAACAGGGAGGGCAAUGAGAUUUAUUUAAAUAUGA